AUGCAGGUGCCCUUACUACGCCUACAGUGCGGGUGUAAUAGCUACGACUGGGCAGGGAAGAAGGGAAAGGACUCAGCAGCCGCGAAAUAUGCGGCAGCCACCCCUUCAGAUGGCUUCUCCAUCCAAGAAGACAAGCCCUAUGCGGAGCUAUGGAUGGGCACCCAUCCAUCCCUCCCAUCCAAGGACCUCACGACUGGCCGUUCCUUACUGGACCUUGUCUCCGACAAUGCUGCCCUGAUGGGCCACGACAUCACCUCCAAAUACUCUUCCAAGCUCCCGUUUCUGUUCAAGGUUCUUUCCAUCAACAAAGCCCUCUCAAUCCAAGCACACCCCAAUAAGAAGCUUGCUGAAAAGCUGCACGCUCAAGACCCGAAGAACUACCCCGAUGACAACCACAAGCCCGAGAUGACCAUUGCCAUUACCCCCUUCGAAGGUCUCUGCGGUUUCCGACCCCUCCAGGAGAUCUCUCAAUUCCUCAACACUGUUCAGCCGUUGCGUGACCUUGUCGGAGACAGCAAUGCUAAGAAUCUCGAAUCCGCAGCCACAGGCUCAUCGGCUGAUGCCAAAGCCGCCUUGCGCGCUGCUUUCACCGGCCUCAUGAACACGCCCAAGGACACCGUCGCAGCCAAGUCCAGAGCACUUGUCUCUCUCGCCUCGGAGGGCAAGUUGCCAGACGACCUCUCCGAGUUGGUUACUCGAUGCAAUGGUCAGUUCCCAGCCGACAUUGGUCUUUUCGUGCUCUUCUUCCUGAACUAUGUGCGCCUCGAUCCCGGACAGGCCAUGUAUCUCAAAGCAGAUGACAUCCACGCCUACAUAUCUGGAGACAUCAUCGAAUGCAUGGCAAGCUCCGACAACGUCAUUCGGGCAGGCUUCACCCCCAAGUUUCAGGAUGUCAACACGUUGACCGAGAUCCUGACGUAUGACCACGAGCCAGCGGAGAAGCAGGAGCUAGUCCCUGUCGAUUACCCGUAUGCAAAAUUGGACCGCACGGCCUACAGCAGCGGAUCGGAAUGUCUGCUGUACGACCCACCCAUCGAGGAAUUCUCGGUUGUCCGCACCCUCCUCAAGGAUACAGGAGCCAAAUGCACAUUCGAAGGCAUCGCCGGUCCCAGCAUCAUCAUUUGCACGAACGGCAGUGGCAAAAUCAGCGUAGGGCCCAAAACCGAGGACAUCAAGGAAGGAUGGGUAUACUUUGUAGGAGCAACAGCGGAGGUCGUGCUGGAGAGCCAUGGCGACGAGUUUGUGACGUUCCGAGCAUUCUGCGAGAUCGGCGGUCAAGUUCACGCCGCGAACGGUGCCAAUGGCGCGUGA